AUGGUUCCGACUGUUAUAAUCUCGCUGACUUUUUUCUCCAUCCUCGCCUUCUUCGGCAUCCCGCUGAACACCGUCACCCUUCGUGUCAUGCUGAAACGACGUCGCAAAACGAGCACGCAGAUCUUCAUCAUCAUCCUCGCGAUAACGGACCUCUUCGUCUGCAUCGUCACACCCAUGCUGUGGUAUAUCUUGGUACCGACAAACAUGUUUUUCACGGAUGUUUCAUGCAUGACCAUCACCUUCAUCGCCGUAUUCUCUUUACACCAGUCCAUCUUCAUCGGCGCGACCAUAGCCCUCGAUCGCUACUUCCUGAUCUGCCGACCUUACAGCCAAUUCAUGACAAAGAAGCGGGUAAUUGCCAUAAUGGUGGCUUGUUUGAUAUUUUCCUUCAUCCUGGCGUUCUUAAUUGCCUACUAUUCCAAGGCGAGGUUGUAUGAAAACAACGUCUUUAAAUGCGAUCUCGCAGGAGGGUCCAUUGUAUUUGAAAGGAUGAUGAUAGCCGUGAUGGUGAUCUGUGGCAGUUGUAUCGUUGUGUUGUAUUGGAAGGUGUAUCGAGCCCUUCGACUGCAGCGAAAUCGUGUCAUGGUUCACAUGAACAACAACUUGAGGAUUCCAUCUAACCGAAGCCAAACCAGAGAAUCGUCGACGACAAGGAAAGAUUCGGUGCGAAUCGGCAUCAAAAGGGCAUAUUUGGAUAACACAGUGGCCACGGGAAUAGAUAUCACCAGGUCUUCACAUUCCAGUCCCAAGAAUUAUGCUCAAUCUAACCCAUUUAGUGCAAAAGAAACACAACUUCACGGCGAUGUCAAAAAGCUGUUUAACGAGUCGCUCACUCCGGUCAAUGACGACGAUGUUCAUAAUGUCAAUGCUGCACAAGAAACACAACUUCAUGGCGACGUCAAAAAGCUGUUUAACGAGUCGCUCACUCCUGUCAAAGACGUCGAUGUCCAUAACGUCAAUGUUACACAAAAAACACAACUUCACGGCGACGUCAAAGAGCUGUUUAACGAGACUCUCACUCCUGUCAAUGUUCAUAACGUCAGUGUUACACAAGAAACACAAUUUCACGACGACGUCAAACAGCUGUUUAACGAGUCGGUCACUCCUGUCAAUGACGUCAAUGUCCAUAGCGUCAGUCAUGUCAAUGGGGCAUGCACAUCGACAGGACAACCGCCAUUCGCACCGUCAGAUUCCAAAGCUACAGUAGAUGUAGGCGUUGUUGUAACGCAUCACCGUCAUCGGAGUGCCGAUAUCAACAAUGCCGAGCGGUCACCCGCCCCUGUCACACCCGCCGAUCGUCAAGCCACCAACAUCAUGCUCGUCAUCACCGGGGUAUUCUUGAUCACGUGGAUACCGGCGAUCGUAGUCAAUCUCGUCCCCGAAGAAGCAUUGGUAGAGAUGGCCUCGACGAAUAACCAUCUAUAUCUCUUCGUGUUUUUUCUCAAGCACACUGUAUACAUCAGCAACGCGGUCAAUCCUCUCGUAUACGGGUUCAUGAACACUCGAUUCCGGAAAGAAUGUUUGAACGAAAUUAGAUACCUAAGGUCUUGUAUGGAUUGCUGGUCAUCUUGA